AUGUCGACCCCGGACCCCCCGCUGGGCGGAACCCCUCGGCCGGGCCCCUCCCCAGGCCCGGGCCCCUCGCCGGGCGCCAUGUUGGGCCCCAGCCCCGGCCCCUCGCCCGGCUCCGCGCACAGCAUGAUGGGACCCAGCCCCGGGCCCCCCAACGCCGGGCACCCACUGCCCCCCCAGGGUCCCGGUGCCUACGCUCAGGACAACAUGCACCAGAUGCACAAGCCCAUGGACUCGAUGCACGAGAAGGGAAUGGCCGAGGACCCCCGGUACGGGCAGAUGAAGGGCAUGGGGAUGCGGCCCGGCGCCCACGCGGGGAUGGGGCCUCCGCCGAGCCCCAUGGACCAGCACUCGCAAGGUUACCCCUCCCCGCUCGGCGGUUCGGAGCACGCCUCCAGCCCGGUGCCGGCCAACGGCCCUUCCUCCGGCCCGCAGCUCCCGUCGGGCCCUGGCAGCGUUCCCAUGGACGGCGCCGACCCGCAGGCCCUGGGGCAGCAGAACCGCGGCCCGACUCCCUUCAACCAGAACCAGCUGCACCAGCUGCGGGCGCAGAUCAUGGCCUACAAGAUGCUGGCGCGCGGGCAGCCGCUGCCAGACCACCUGCAGAUGGCCGUGCAGGGCAAGCGGCCCAUGGGCGCCAUGCAGCAGCAGAUGCCGACUCUACCUCCUCCCUCCGUGUCCGGGGCGGGAGCCGUGCAGGGAGCCGUGCAGGGGCCUGGGCCGGGACCCACGGCCCCCAGCUACAACAGACCUCAUGGUAUAGGAGGCCCAAACAUGCCCCCUCCCGGACCCUCAGGAGUUCCCCCCGGAAUGCCUGGGCAGCCCCCGGGCGGCCCCCCCAAACCCUGGCCCGAAG